GUGUUGGUGGGUGCCGAGAAUUACUAUGUAUAAGAUGGCCGUGAAAUGGUGUCACGCACACACACAUACCGUAUCCACUGGCCAAACUCGUAAACCGCACAGGCCGUGCGCUGUGCCUGAUUUAGAAAGCGGUCAACCCAUCCACCCACUUGCCCAUUGCCGUAACUUCGCCAACGCAUCAACCAACCCACUACGAUAUUCGCGAUGCCCGACCGCCAGCCGCUAGGCGAUAUCAACCAAAAUAUCGCACCGCCGUUACGCAAGAAAAUGGGCAAAAAGCCCAAGCCUAUUGUCCAUCGACAGUAUACGGCAAAAAAACCCAUCCAGCGAAUCCAAAGGUCGUAUGGACGGUCAAAGCAAGUUGACGUACUGCUGUACCUCGAGCACCACCGCUACCCAAUUGAUCCAUCUUGCCAACGGCAGCGGCAACGGGCUGGCGAUUCCCCUUUGAACCCUGCCAACGGCCUUCGCCGCCCAACCUUUCACGAGGCUGCCGCCCACUUCGGAGUCCCCUUUUCAACAGUGGCCAGUUGGUAUCAACGACGAGGCACUAUUAUUAACCCAACUGUACGCAGCCGCCAACCCAAAUGGCUAGCAAUGGAAGCUGACCUAUAUACUCCGUAGUCACUUCCUUCAACAACGGGUCAGUGACAAGGUGGUUACCACUGGAUGGUCCAGACGGGAAGCCCGGGCCCUUUUCGCUACCAG